AUGGCCCUACUCAUGGACGAGACGGCUUACAAGCUCCUCUGGAUGGCCCAGUGGAAGCUGCAACAGGAGUCAGAGCACAUGGAGCCCAUGCUCACCAGAAUGGUCGGCCACCUUUCCGUCUAUCAGAGAGCGGCCGAGUACAUGGAGUCACACGACGUGAGCGACACACCCACUGACAGCAGCGACGCCUUUGCCCCCACGCCAGACGCUGAUGCUUGUUGUGACCAGGUGGCGGACGCCAUCUUUGGGCCCGAGAAAGACCCGCCCGGAGAAGUCGUCGACGAGUUUUCAGAGCUGUUGAGACAUAGUUCGAGGGGAUCCUCUCCUCCGUCGGAAGGAGGAUCAGUGCCACCACCAGCCGACUCGGUGAUCGUCAGGACGAUUGAAAUCGACGCCGCCGCAGCCGCCGCCGAAGGCGAGAGGAACCCGUUUUCCGACGACGAAGAGGUUUCCAGCGUUGGCGAGGACGACAUUAACUGGAGCAGCGACGACGAAACCGAGUUUGGGAGCGUGUCGAGCUUUGACGAGGAGAACGAGGGCGACGAUCAUGGCGAAGACGAACUUGCCCGUCGUCGCGAAAUCCUGAGGGAGAAGAUGGGCGACGUGGACAUGGAUCCGAUCUGGAGGCACAAAGUACCGUCGACGUCGCCGCAGCCGCAGCCGCAAUCGCCACCACCUGAUUUUGACGGGUGGGCACGGUGUUUCCCACCCCUGGCCCGGCCUGGCACGCCCUCACCGGCAAUAAUCCAUGGUGUUGCCCUCGUGGCGUCGUGA